UAAAUGUAUACGAACUAUCUCUAUCAAAAACUAUAGACAGUUGUAAGAUAUGGAUGCAGAUUCACGGCUAGACCUUUCAAUAUUAAGGGCACUGGAUCUUGACCCAGCCAACUCUACGAUUUCAUCCCAUGGAGGAUCUGGCUUCGCCUCAACUUUUAAGCUGUCGGGCACUCGUGGCGGCAGGACGAAGAAUUACUUUAUCAAGACAGGCAGCGGCGCCGAUGCAGAAAUCAUGUUUAAGGGUAAGAAACAGCUCAGAUUAUACAACUCUAUCAGGCUAACCUAGUAAGGUGAAUAUACCUCACUUAACGCCAUCCACGAGACAAUGCCAGACUUUUGCCCCAAAGCCUACGCACAUGGGCAAAUGUCUUCACCUAACAGGUACUUUUUGGCAACCGAUUUUCUAAAUCUGAGAUCAUCGGCUACUAAGGGUCCAGGGAAAUCUCUCGCUAUGAAGUUAGCUGAACUUCAUAGCACCCCGGCGCCAAUACCCGACGGCUACAAUGAGCCCAUGUUUGGCUUUCCGGUCUCGACGUGCUGCGGGGAAACCGUUCAGGAUAAUUCAUGGAAGUCAUCGUGGGCCGAAUUCUACGCUGAAAAUCGUAUAAAAUAUAUCACCCGGAUAGCUAUUCAAAAUCACGGUUAUGGGGAUAGCCUCGAUGCUCUGGUCGAAAAGCUUGCAACUACUGUUAUCCCAAGACUGCUUGGUGAAGAGACGCUCGGCAGGAUUCAACCCGUUCUCAUCCAUGGGGACUUGUGGAGCGGCAAUCAUUCUGAGGGCCAAAUCGAGGGCCAGGCGGGCUCAGAACAUUUAGUAUACGACCCGUCAUCAGUAUACGGACAUUCCGAGUACGAGUUGGGCAUUAUGAGAAUGUUCGGUGGCUUCGGCAGUAACUUCUGGAAGGAGUAUCAUGAGGUCAUCCCAAGAGCGGAACCAGUCAAAGAAUAUGAUGACCGGCUCGCUUUAUAUGAAUUGUAUCACCAGUUGAACCAUUACGCCAUGUUUGGUGGAAGCUACAGAGAAAGCGCCAUGUUCAUUAUGGGUCCUCUAUUAAGAAAGUAUGGGGGCUAGCUUGUCUCAUCACAACGCAGCGUACAAGUCGAGGCUAAUGUCUUAAGAAUAAUAUCUUGUAAUGAAUUCUGAAAUGUGAUACCUGCGCCGUGUAAAUGGUAAACACCCAGUCUAUAUGCAUAUAUACAGUGACCACACCGCCCGCCACCCAGGAUGCUUGUUCGCCUGUCACACCUAUGACGCCAGCGUAGCCUGUCUUUCCACCGGAGCCUCCUCCUGCACAUCCUCGGCCACCCGCUGCUGCGGUAGUUGUGAAUUUGGAACUGUCGGCAGCUUGGGUUCCUUGGACCCCAGAAUCUCCCGCUCCAACGCUGCGAGCUCGUCCUCGACUUCUUCCUCGUCGUGAUUUGAGAUUCGGCCGCCAAGCAUAUCGCUGAUUUCCUGUUCGCAAAGAUUAUGUCAGUAUUCCAACAAGCUAAACAGGUUGAGAACGCAAAUAGAGAGAAAAACAUACCUGCUGGUACGCAAUAGCGUCAGCCGUAUCGCCCAUGAGCUUCUCGACAUGCUCUAUGCCACCCAUCUCGGCGUGGAUCUCUUGAAGGACCUUUGUACCCUGCUGUAGACCAAAAACGACGUCCUUUUGUAUUUGCGCAAACUCAACGUUGCUUGUGAGCUGCUCCAGCUGCUCCAGCUGGGCGUCCGUCUUUGCUAGCAGCGACUCCUGGUACUUCUUCCGUCGCAGAGCCAACAAGGCCCGCUUCUUGUCGCCUUUUGCCAGCAUCUGCUUGGCGAUGUCUGUUUCCUUAUCGGUAAGAAUCGUUAUACGGCGCUGAUAUUGGUGUAGCUUGUCGCGCUGGUUCUUCAUGUCCAGGAUCGCCCUAUGGUCUCAGAUUAGCAUGGCGUCGCGCAUGGCAGGACUGGGGAGAGCUACUUGUCCUGGGCGGUGACUUUGCUUGCGUUGCCCCCCAUGAUGGCGAUUUCCUGUCUCUCUGCGCGAGAAUAUCACGCCAACGACCGGAAUUUGGUACGGACAGAGUGUUGCGAGGGCGGUU